GCCAAGUUGGUCGGAAGAGAAAGGUGGUUUAGACGUUGAACCAGAAUCCGAACCAAAAUGAUCCGCGCUGUCUGGCUCUCGGUCCUGGGCCUGGUCCUGUUUUCAGGACCAGGACCCUCUCUUGGUUUUAUUGAAAAUCCACCUCCUCCCGCCGGCAGUGUCAAUGAUGAAGCAAAUGCAACGCAAUUCUUGGAUGAAUAUAACACCAUGGCUAUGGAGGUGUACUCCCACUCUUCCUUCGAAGCGUGGGAUUAUUAUACCAAUAUCACAGCUUAUAACCAGGAGAAAAUGGUCCAAGCAAACAUCGAAAGUGCAAAUUUUGAUAAGGUGAUGAGUGAGUACGCGAAUGCAUUCGAUCAGACGGGCUUUAGCAACGAUACCAAGAGACAACUAGAUAGCAUACGAUACAUCGGAUCGGCUGCUCUGCCAGACGAUGAACUCAAAGAGCUUCAAGACAUUCUUUCUAAUAUGGAGACUCGCUAUUCAACUGGAAAGCCGUGUGAUAUGGAUGGAAAAUGUUAUUCUCUUGAGCCGGAUCUCACCCGGAUAAUGGCCACAUCACAUGAUUACUACGAGUUAUAUUGGGCCUGGAAUGCAUGGCGUGCCGAGGUCGGGGCACCUGCCCGAGAGGAUUACAAGAGAUACGUCGAGCUGAAAAAUCAAGCUGCGAUAGCAAACGACAAACCGGAUGCAGGGGCGUACUGGAGAUCUUAUUAUGAAGUUGACAAUCUGCCGGAGAUCGCAGAGAAGCUAUACGAUGAGCUGAAACCCCUCUAUGAGGAGCUUCACGCCUAUGUGAGGAGAAAGUUGUACAACCGAUACGGCUGUGAUUACAUUAACCUACGAGGACCAAUCCCAGCACACAUCUUAGGUAAUAUGUGGGCUCAGUCAUGGAUCAACAUUUACGACAUAUGCGAACCAUUCCCUGGAAAACAAGCAGUCGAUAUUACCCCAGCCCUCGUCGAACAGGGCUAUGAUGCUUUGCAGAUGUUUGAACUCUCGGAUGAUUUUUUCGAGUCGCUCGGUCUCAUCAAGAUGCCUCAAGAAUUCUGGGAUCAUUCAAUGAUUGAGAAACCAGAUGAUGGUAGGGAUGUGGUGUGCCACGCCUCGGCCUGGGACUUCCUAAAUCAAGUGGACUUCAGAAUCAAGCAAUGUACUGACAUUACCAUGGAUGACUUCAUCACCAUACAUCAUGAGAUGGGACACAUCGAGUAUUACCUUCAAUACAAGGAUCUACCUGUGGUAUACAGAGGCGGAGCCAACCCAGGAUUCCACGAGGCAGUGGGCGACGUCCUCGCUUUGUCGGUAUCGACACCCAAGCAUCUGCAACAAGUCGGAUUGAUUGAUGAAGUGGUGGAUGAUGACGAGGCUGAUUUGAAUUUCUUAAUGAGUAUGGCUUUGGAUAAGAUAUCCUUCCUACCCUUUGGAUACCUGAUGGACCAGUACAGAUGGGGAGUGUUCAACGGAUCUACCACCGAAGAUCACUAUAACGAGGACUGGUGGAAACUAAGACUCCGGUACCAAGGUAUCAUACCACCGACACCAAGGAGUGAGGAAGAUUUUGAUCCCGGUGCAAAGUACCACAUCCCUGCAGACGUGCCGUAUAUCAGAUAUUUCAUCAGUUUUGUCCUGCAAUUCCAAUUCCACGAAGCCCUUUGCAAAGCCGCCGGUCAAUACGGUAAUGUUGGUGACGAACCUCUCUAUAAAUGCGAUAUAUACCAAUCACAAGAAGCCGGUCAAUUGCUUGCUGACAUGCUGAAGAUGGGAUCGAGCAGGCCGUGGCCAGAGGCUCUAAAAGCCAUCAUUGGUAGUGAAGAGAUCAGCGCUCAAUCUCUGAUCAACUACUUCCAGCCCCUUAUCGAUUACCUGAAGGAACAGAACGCGAUGAAUGGAGACGUGGUAGGAUGGUCUGAGAUGUAUACUCCUAAAGAACCUGAAAUGGAGGACGAUUUGACCAAAUGGAAGAAGAGUUAUGAGAUGUGGCAGGUGGAGAUGAUGGAUUGGAAGAAAACAUAUGAAGAUUACAAAGAACACUCCACCUGUGAUUAGAUUGACACACUGUAAAAACUGUGGUGUUAAAACUAAUUGGUGUUAAUAGAGAACCACACCCUGAGGUGUUAAAAUUACAC